UUCGUUCGCACCAACGAGCGCGUCCCCAGCACGCACCGAAUUCCCCAAGACAGAAAUUCGCGCACUCAACACGAAGAAAACCGAGCCGCUCGCUCCCUUUCCCUUCGUCUUCCCCCCUCCCGACGAACUCGCCGCGCUUCUCCCCCGCGUGAUCGCUUCCAUGUCACAAACCCGAGGACCCUCCUAACCUCGCCCUCCCCCCACACACAGCCGCGGGCCAUGGCGCCGCCGCCGCGGCUCGCCAUCCUCCUCCUCUGCAUCUUCUUCUCCCUCGCCGCGGCGGCCGCGGCGGCGGAGGGGUGCGGGAGGAACACGAGCCUGGAGGGGUACGAGGCGGACCUGCGGAUGUCGCAGCAUCAGCUGCGUGGCCGCGUGGCGGUGCUGGACGGCUGCUCGUUCCGCGUCUCGGGGCUCGACCUACUCGCCGGCUCGUCCUCGGCCCGCUGGUGGCGGGCCCAGGGCGCCGACCUGGAGUCGCUCUCCCGGGGAUCCCCCGCCGCCGCUGACCCGCUCAACCGCACCUUCGCCUCCGAGUCGCUCGUCUUCCGCCUCCUCCCGGGCCUCUCCUGGCCGCUCGUCCCCUUCCUCGCCGCCUUCGACCCCCUCACCUCCUCCCUCUUCGGCUUCGUCCGCCUCCCCUCCAACACCUCCGAUUCCGAUCCCACGGAUUCCGAUUCCGGUGGCGAUGGCUCGUCAUCAUCCGCGGCUCCCACCAUGCUCGCCUCCUGCGCGCAGCUCUCGCCGCGGUUCCGCGUGCGCUGGACGCUCAACGAGUCCGCCAACGCCAUCGACGUCGGGCUCGAGGCGGCCGUCGGCUCCGAGUUCUACAUGGCGUUCGGGUGGGCCGCCGGGAAGCCGGCCUCCAUGAUCGGCGCCGACGUGGCCGUCGUCGGGUUCACCGAGGACGGGCUCCCUUUCGCCGAGGACUACUUCGUCACCAAGCGCAGCGAGUGCGUGCUGCGGGGUGCCGACGGCGGCGCGGAGGGCGUCUGCCCGGACACGAUCUACGGAGGCCGCAAUGGCACCGCCGCGGAGGUCAAUAACACGCGGCUCGUCUAUGGCCAUCGCCGCGACGGCGUCUCCUUCGUGCGCUUCUCGCGCCCGCUGGUCUCCCCCGACAAGAAGUACGACGUGCAAGUCAACGCCACGAAGAACAUGACGGUGAUCUGGGCCAUCGGGCUGCUCCGGCCGCCGGACUCGCUCAGCCCGUACUACCUGCCGCUCAACCAUGGCGUGCCAGCUGGGACGGCGUUCGGGUUCCUCGAGCUCAACGUGUCGGAGACGACCAGUUGCCACGGGCCAUUGGACGCCGACGACAAGGAGGACCAAGGCAGGAUCACGGCGGAGAGGCAGACGCCUUUAGUGGUGACGGUCGGGCCGGCAAUGCAUUACCCGAACCCGCCCAACCCGGACAAGGUGCUCUACAUCAACAAGAAGGAGGCUCCUCUGCUCAAGGUGGAGCGCGGCGUGCCGGUCACCUUCUCGGUCGAGGCCGGGCACGACGUGCCAUUGUACAUCACGUCGGAUGCUGUGGGAGGGAAUGCCACGUCCAGGAACAUGUCCGAGAUCAUCUACGCCGGUGACUCAAAGUCGGAGGGCGUGCCGGCCACACCGACGGAGCUCGUCUGGCUGCCCGACCGGAACACGCCGGACCUCGUGUACUACCAGUCCCUGUAUGAUCCCAAGAUGGGGUGGAAGAUCCAGGUGGUUGAUGGUGGCCUCAGUGACAUGUACAACAACAGCGUGCUGCUGGAUGAUCAGCAGGUGACGUUCUUCUGGACUCUCUCCGGUGACUCCAUUAAUAUUGCUGCCCGAGGCGAGAAGAAGAGCGGGUACCUCGCCAUUGGCUUUGGGACCGCAAUGGUGAACAGUUAUGCUUACGUCGGGUGGAUUGACGGUGAUGGCAGGGGGCAUGUUGGAUCAUAUUGGAUCGAUGGGAAGGACGGGAUGAGCGUGCACGAGACACAUGAGAAUAUCACCUACAAGAGGUGCCGAUCGGAGAAUGGCGCGAUCGUGUUCGAGUUCACUCGUCCAUUGACACCUUCGUGCAGUGGAAGGGUAGAGUGCAAGAACAUCAUUGAUCCCUCAACCCCUCUGAAGGUCAUCUGGGCCAUGGGUUCCCAGUGGUCAUCUGGUCGUUUGAGCGUGAAUAAUAUGCACUCUGCCACGAGCAACCGUCCUGUCAGGAUCCUUUUGCUGAGUGGUUUGGCUGAGGCAGUGCAGGAUUUGCGUCCGGUGCUCGCUGUCCAUGGAUUUAUGAUGUUUGUGGCAUGGGGUCUGUUGCUUCCGGGAGGAAUUGUGGCGGCCAGGUACCUGAAGCAUCUGAAAGGCGAUCUCUGGUUCCAGGCUCACACAUACCUUCAGUACUCCGGUGUGGCCGUCAUGUUCUUGGGCGUUCUGUUCGCAGUUGCCGAGCUCCGAGGCUUCUCUUUCAAGUCCACACAUGCUAAAAUUGGCUUGUUGGCAUUUACAUUCACCUCUGUGCAGCCAAUAAAUGCAUAUCUCCGACCACACAGAGCAGAGAAUAGGGAAAUUCUGUCAAGAAAGAGGGUGAUAUGGGAAUAUCUGCAUGUCUUCACUGGGAGGACUGCUUUGGUAGCUGGUGCCACGGCUCUCUUUACUGGUUUGCAGCAUCUCGGACACAGGUACGGCAGCAAGACCAUCAAGGGACUUACAUGUGGAUUGGUUCUAUGGGUUGUGAGUGGUGUAUUGGUAGUGGUAUACCUUGAAUACAUAAAGGUUAAGCGAAGAAGAGAUGGCGCCGAUGGCCUUACACACAAAUGGGUGCUUGGCAACACCGAGGAAGACGAUUCGGUUGAUCUAUUGCAGUCCGACAGGUUUGCCAGUAAAAUGAAGUCUAGUUUUCCUGGACCUGAGGAAGUACAGCUUGAGCCACUCAAAGGAUGAAUGAACCAUUUUUCUUCUGUUACGGAGUACAUAUCAACAUAAAGGAUUUUAGUUAAGAUUCUUCGUAGAUAGAACAAAGUGGAGAUGUGCAUCUCGAGGUAAAAGGAUUUUACUUGAGGUUCUCUACUGAUACAAGGAUUUUGAGUACCUCCUCUUUUACUGCAUGAGAGGUAUUAUCAUGACACAUGGUCUAGAGUAGGUUUUCUUGAGCGUAGGUCCUCUUCUUUAGAGUCUUCUAACUUAUUGGCUGGUCUGUAUAUCUGUACAAUUUUGGUCUGGCUAAAAGAGAGUACUAUUCCUUUUUAAA